CUUCAUAACCGCUAGCCACUGUUCCCCCACGAGGCUGCAAAUAGUUCGUACUUCAAACUUUCCCUGUUACCUAAAUGAGAUGGUAAUCAAAAAAACUAAAUUAUAAGCGCGUAAUUUUGGACGUUUUCACUCGUAUGCUAUAGUGGAAUGGUGAAAACCAAAUUUUUUAUUGAGCUGAAAUAAAACGCAUGCUUCGCAGCAACUAUUUAUUGUCAAGUUUAAGUCGGCAGUGAAAUCUCAUGAGUAAAACGGGGUCAGCAGUAAAAUGAACUGUACCGCAGACUUUUGAGGAUUGAAAUGCUCAGACUUCAUAUACUUUGUUCAUUUCUGUUGCACACCUUAUCGCUUCCUCCGAUGAAAAGCCUCUUCAAGAACAGCAGACGCUCUGGAGGUAUUAAGCACGACGCCAUUUUGAAAAGGUGACAUUGGCAGGCGGAGUAACACAACCCCGCGCGAGCCGUACGUGUGUUCGUUGCCAACUGCUGUUUUUUUUUAAAGUUAUAUAUACCAUACAAAUUUCUCAGGGGAGUUUCUCUUACGUUUUUUCGCUCCCAAACAUCCCUUUUCUCAUAUUUUUUUAGGCUGUGCUUCAGUGGCUUGCUUGCACGAAGAACCGGUACACAUGGCGCAGACUAGUGCAGGCUCUCAACAAAAGGGAAUCUCGGAGGGUUCCGGCACUUGUUGUGCAUAAAAACAAGGCCUUUGAGAUUGGCUAAUGCUGGCAACGUUGUGCAUGCAACAAAGUCAAGUCACGUCCAAGCAGAAGGCCAGUCAGCCGUCAGCGUUUCGCGCGUUUUCUGUAUUUACCGCAGCAGAGUUUGCAGCGACCUCCGUUGUGGUAUUUUGUUCCUCGGAGGCAUGCCCUCGGAAUCGGAAAAAGGAGGUGAUCAAUAUGCAGUCGUCAAGUUUCCAGAGGAAGGCAACUCUGUGGCUCUUGUACAUACCAAGUGGCUGCAUGGCGAUGUCUGCUUGUGGCCACAGGAUUCCAAGAAUGUUUCGUAUUUAGCCAAAUGUGGAGCCUCUCCAUCCUCCAACUGGCAAGUCGUGCCAUGUGUGCCCAUAGACACAUUCAGAACAUAUGAUGCAGCGCGACAAAAGCUCAAGCAAGCUGAAGAUGGGUCAGACUUGGGGAGUGAAGUGGACCUGGGACGGGGCAAAAGAAAAAAGCAACGAAGAGCCCUUAGCUCAAGUCCGGAAAGUGUGCAGCGACUACCACUUCCACCGCCCUCUAUGAUGAAAAAAGCACAGAAGAGGGAUGGGAGACGUAUUCACAAGCAGUCAUCACAUGCAUCAACAUCUAGGGCUAAUGAUCCCAAUGUUUGCAGUGAUCAAGGCGCAGUGCAAUGUGCACAAAUGUGUGCUAGCGAGACUUCAGAAUCUGAGGGUGAGGCUGAGUCUGGAGGUGAACAAGAUGCAAUGCAAGAAUCAUCAGGCAUUAAAAGAUCGUUCACAGCUCACUCUUUGAUGAAAAGAGCAAGCCAAAUGGGAAAUACACAGUGCAACAAUGAGAAGUGGCAUUCAAGUCAGUCUGUUGCACCUAUUUCAGAUGAUGGCAUUAAGCAGGUCAUCAGGCUUCUACAAACGGUAAUCUUGAGAGUCGAGCACCUGGGAAGCCAACUAGACGUAAUAAAAGCAAAGCUUUGUGACCAACAACUGCAGCCUGAAGCAGAUUUGUUAGAAAAACCAUUUUGUGACAUCACGGAGUUCGAACUGUUUGAUCAAGGCCUCUCAGAAAGUGAUGCAAUGAAGUCAAAGUUGGUAAGUGUUUUUAGUGGAGUAUUGUUAUACACGAAUUUGAUAAGCGUGAGGUUGACUGACAUAUCUCACGGUAAACUUUUCCAGGUUUCUAUGUAUGAAAUAAGCAAGUAUCCUUGCUUGUAUAUGUAGAAGGUUUUAUGUGCGCUGCAGUUCUUAAUUCCAGGUAG